AUGUUCAAACUGUGUUCAUACAAGACUGUGUCAGAAGCAGGAUCUGAAGUGGAGCUUCUAGUAUUCCCAGGAGCGCUAAGUGAACAAGGAUGGUACAUGCGGGAUCCGCUUGUGUCCAUUGAUCUCUCAGAGCAGCUGAGGAUCAUAGAGGUUCUUCUUGAAGGGCUCAAGGUAUAUGGCUGUGUGUAUCACAUCAAUCAUAGGAACCCCUUCAACAUGGAGGUGCUGGUGGACUCCUGGCCCGAAUAUCAGAUAGUUAUUAUCCAACCACCAAAACAGGAUAUGACUGACAACAUGGAUUCAUACACAAAUGUGUAUCAUAUAUUCUCCAAAGCUCCUCAGAAAUCACAAGAAGUUUUGAAAAAUUGUGAAAUCAUAAACUGGGAACAGAUACUCCCUUGGAGGAGUCUUCAAGAAAGUUUAGGUGAGGGGAUAAGAGCAGCUGCAUUUUCAAAGUCAGUGAAGGUAGAGCAUGCAAGAGCAUUCCUCUGUAUUAUGGAAGAUAUCCUGAAGCUCAAUGCCUGCAAUAAAAGCAAGCUUGGAAGUAGGGAUGAGAUAGGCCACCCAGAUGAUGAAUUUGAGAGUGAAACUCCCAACUUUAAAUAUGCCAAGCUGGGUGUCUCUUAUUCUGGGCUGGUAAAUGACAACUGGAGGCGAGGGAAGAAUGAGAGGAGCCUUCCUUACAUCAAGCGCUGCAUAGGAGCCAUGCCAGCAGCCUGUAUCCUGGGUCCACAGGGGGCCCUGGUCUCAUGGAUAACCAUGGACCCUUCUUGUGAAGUAGGAAUGGCCUACAGCAUGAAAAAAUACUGAAGGAGAGGCAACGUAACAUAGGUGAACAUGAGAUUCACGAAAUAUCUGCGUCAUAAGAAUAUUCCAUUUUACCUCUCUGUGCUGGAGGUAAAUAAAGGCACCCACACAUUUCUGGUGAAGGUCGGUUCCUUUGUGGCCACCUGUGAGUGGCACCAAUGGACCUGCUACCCACAGAAUCUAGUUCCAUUUUAG